AUGCAUCCCAAGCACUGGCGCAGGUGUCUAAACCCUUCUCUCCAUCCCUUCACUGUCCUACCUCCUCUCCUUCGGCUAUCGAAUUCUCCAGUGCAGAGGGCGUUUGUGCGGAUUUUCCCACUGACCCACUUAGAUCCUGUGGCCUUCCUCCCGCCCCUAACAGCUGACGUUUUCGCACUUCUCCGCGCUUUCGCCUCGUGCGGUCAUCCGUUUACGCAACGCUUUCAGGCUUCGGAGCCGGCUUCCUAUAAAGUGUUUAUCGGACCAAAGCAUCAGGAGUGCGAAGACUUCGAUUGUGGAAGCGCAGAGACGGCCAGACGGAGACAUGAAUCGUGGACAUACGACGUCCACCAGUCAAGGAGCAAGAGGGAGGUCUUCACGGGUGGUCGCAGGGUCAUCUGGCCGGUGGCCAACUGCCACGCGGAAGCACCACCCUUUGUGUCUCCGCGCCCUCUUGAUACUCGCCUCGCCACCGCCCUCUCUCCCUCCCACUCUCCCCUUCUGAUGAUGAGAAUUUACGUGAUUGCGAGUGGCCAGGCUAGUGGAGCCGUUGUGCCUCACGUCACUGCAUUUGUCCGUCUUGGAGACUGUCUUCCCUGCUCCCCCUCUAAAAGCACCACUGAACCAGCGUGUGAGAAAACUGUGAUUACCGCUUACCGCCCUUUCUACUGGUAG